CGAGGGCGGAGCUGCCACAGGAAGUGCGAUAUUGACGGUUACUGCGUUCGCCUCAGCGACAUUUUCUUCUGGAUUGUGCCUGUGGUGUAGCUGGAAACUGAGUCACAUCUUUGGAGGAGAGCAUCUGCAGUUAAGAGUCUCUGCAGAUUGCUGUCUCUUAGUUUUGAGCCAUCAGCCACGUCACUAGAAAUAGACCCAUUGCUACAAUCAAUAGUAAUCAUAUCACACGUCAUGAUGUUUCCCUUGGCCAGAUAUGCACUAAACCAUCUCAAGAUUCAAAGCAUUCGGCAAGUUGUGGCAAGACAGGGCCACACAAAGUCCUCUUCAGAUUUUCAUGACAAAUACGGCAAUAUGAUGCUAAUUAGUGGAUUCACUUUCUGUUUUGUUGGAUAUGUGUUUUUUACAACGCAGAUGGGUGUAGAAUGGAACCUGUCUCCUGUUGGCAGAGUUACCCCAAAAGAGUGGAAUAAGUAAUUAUCUAAGAUAUCAUAAUGUAGAGUUGUCUCAAAACAAACUUGUCAUGGAAAUGCUUUGUUAAUUUAAUAAAGCAUAACAAAAGAAAUAAAAUUCAUUUGAAAGUUCUAA